AUGCCUUCAUAUGCUAAAUUUUUGAAGGAACUUCUCACGAAAAAGAGGAAAUACAUUGAAGAGGAAACUAUUGAAGUGCAAGGGAAUUGUAGUGUUAUCAUACAGAAAGUCUUACCCCCUAAGUUUAAAGAUCCAGGAAGCUUCACCAUUCCAUGUACUAUAGGGAAGUUAGCUGUUGUAAGGGCCUUGAUUGAUUUGGGAGCCAGCAUCAACUUAAUGUCGCUCUCUAUGUUUAAAAAGAUUGAAGGUUUGGAACUCAAGCCUACUCGGAUGACUCUCCAAUUAACGGAUAGAUCUCUUAAAUAUCCUUAUGGGGUGGUUGAAGAUGUGCUUGUUAAAGUGGACAAAUUCUUAUUUCCGGUGGAUUUUGUCAACAUGGAGAUGGAGGAGGAUAUUGAUGUGCCUCUCAUUCUUGGGAGACCCUUUAUGAAAACGGCUCGAGUUUUAAUUAAUGUGGAGAAUGACAAACUCAAGGUGAGGGUACAAGAUGAAGAAGUGAAUUUUGACGUGUUUGAAGCCAUGUCUCAUUCAAAAGAUGAUAAGGCAUGUUUUUAUCUUGACACACUAGAUGAAGUAUGUAUGAUUCAGGAGAAGAUGUUAUGCUGUUCUUCACCCUUAGAGAAAACGCUCAUUGAUGCAUGUGAAGAUUUGAAUGAGGAAGAAGAGGAAUAUAUUAAUGAGUGCUUGAUUGACUUGGAUGGAUUAAAAGAAAUCCCUUUUCAUGAGGCGAAAAUUGAAGAGAUCAAUACCAAGGAAAAAGUCAAGGAAAAUAAACUGGAAUUGAAGAUGUUACCCCCACAUUUAAAGCAUGUUUUCUUAGAAGAAGGUGGGAAUAAACCGGUCAUCAUCAGUAAUUCUUUAUCCUCCAAAGAAGAAGAAAAUUUGGUGGAAGUACUAAGAGUCAACAACGGAGCUAUUGGAUGGUCAAUUUCGGAUCUCAAAGGCAUAAGCCCAACUUAUUGCAUGCACAAAAUAUUCAUGGAAGAUGAGUAUAAACCAGUUGCCCAACACAAAGAAGACUGA